AUGUCCCAACGACCAGCUCUGGCCAGAGACCUACCUCUGCCAGAAAAUUGCUCUGUAUUACGAGUUUACGACUAUAAACAAGAUGUUCGACCUAUAACUGCUUCGAUGGUUCCAGAGACGCCUUCCAGGCAUUCACCUCGUUCAAAUCACCAGUCCUCACUUGUCGAAAUUCUUAAUCUAGAGACCAAAGCGUUGGUUUAUAGCAACAACAGUUCCAGUCGCUCAAAUACGGCAUCACCAAUUCAAGCCGACCCGCGUCUGCCACCUUCUCUGAAGACUCAGAAGCCCAAGAAACCAGCAGAACUUGCUGAGAUCCAUUAUCUCAUUACGGCUGGCAUCAUGGACAACUUCUACGUUAAUAUCAUUUCAUGGUGUCCGCUUUCCCAAAAGCUUGCCAUUGGAAUAAAUGAAGUGGCUUAUUGGUGGAACGGGCAGUUGGAAGUUCAAGGAUUUUGGACAAGCCCUGACGAAAGCAGCAUUAGCUGCUUGAAAUGUGGAGGCGGGUACGUCUUGGUAGCUACAGAUGAUGGUACGGUUACGAUUAUGGACUCAUUAGGAUGUCUCAAAGGCUCCUUGAGCUUUCCAAGCUCUGUUCUCUGUGCAUCUUGGACGUCAGGUCAGUUCUUCGUAGGUGACAGAACUGGUGCUAUCCACAGCAUUUCGGUAAAAGGUAGAGUGGCAAUAAAGCCUAUUGUCCACGAGUUUUACCAGCAAGUAACAGGUAAGUUCUUCAACUUUCAAAAUUGA